CCAGCACAGCAGACAAAUCCUCACUGCUCUCUACCCCUUUUUGCUCACUCUCUCUCAGUCGCAGUUACACAGAUCCAUCAGGCAAGAUGUCAUUCACGAAGAAAACCAGCUACACUGUCAAGUCCUCCUCCUCUGGGACAGCACCACGCAGUUUCAGCAGCCUGUCCUACUCUGGCCCCAGCCAUGGAGUCAGAAGUCAAAGUUACAGCGUGCGCAGCUCCUAUGGUGCUAACCGUGGUUUUGGUGGUGCUGGUGGAGGCUUCAUCUCUAGCUCUUCAGCUUAUGGAGGCGGCAUGGGCCUUGGCAUGGGCAUGGGCAUGGGCAUGGGCACUGGUGCCGUGGCACCCAUCACAGCUGUGAGUGUGAACAAGAGUCUGCUGGCCCCCCUCAACUUGGAGAUUGACCCCAAUAUCCAGGUCAUUCGCACCCAGGAGAAAGAGCAAAUCAAAAGCCUCAACAACCGCUUUGCAUCUUUCAUUGACAAGGUACGCUUCUUGGAGCAGCAGAACAAAAUGCUGGAGACCAAGUGGAGCCUCCUGCAGGAGCAGACCACCACCCGUUCCAACAUCGAUGCUAUGUUUGAGGCCUACAUUGCCAACCUGCGCAGACAGUUGGACAGCUUGGGUAAUGACAAGAUGAGGCUGGAGGCUGAUCUGCACAACAUGCAGGGCCUGGUGGAGGACUUCAAGAACAAAUAUGAAGAUGAAAUAAACAGGCGCACCGAGUGUGAAAAUGACUUUGUUCUCAUCAAGAAGGAUGUUGAUGAAGCUUACAUGAAUAAAGUUGAGCUGGAGGCUAAGCUGGAGAGUCUCACUGAUGAAAUCAAUUUCCUGAGACAGAUUUACGAAGAGGAGAUCCGUGAGCUGCAGGCUCAGAUUAAGGACACUUCUGUGGUGGUGGAGAUGGACAACAGCAGGAAUCUGGACAUGGAUGCCAUCGUGGCUGAAGUUCGUGCUCAGUAUGAGGACAUCGCCAACCGCAGCCGUGCAGAGGCGGAGACAUGGUACAAGACCAAGUUUGAGGAGAUGCAGACAUCUGCCCACAAGCAUGGAGAUGAACUCAGAGCAAGCAAAACAGAGAUUGCUGAUCUUAACCGCAUGAUCCAGAGGCUGCAGUCAGAGAUAGAUGCCGUCAAGGGACAGAAAGCUAACCUGGAAAAUCAGAUCGCCGAGGCUGAGGAUCGGGGUGAAAUGGCAGUACGGGAUGCCAAGCUCCGCAUUAAGGAUCUGGAGGACGCCCUUCAGAGAGCCAAGCAGGACAUGGCACGCCAGAUCAGAGAAUACCAGGACCUGAUGAAUGUCAAACUAGCCCUUGACAUUGAGAUUGCCACAUACAGGAAACUUCUGGAAGGAGAGGAGAGCAGGCUGGCAAGUGGAAUCAAGGCCAUCAACAUCUCCAAACAGAGCUCGAGCUACAGCUCUUACCCCUUGGAGAGCGCAGGUAGUUCCUACAGCAGUUACUCUAGCGGCUACUCUGGCGGUUUCUCCGGCGGUUAUGGUGGUGGCUACAGCUCUGGCAGUGGCUAUGGAGACAGCAGCAUCACCCAAAGCAAGAAGAGUGUUGUCAUCAAAAUGAUUGAAACCAAGGAUGGCAAGGUGGUGUCUGAGUCUUCUGAGGUGGUUCAGGAUUGAUCAAAGAACCAAAACAACUCCCUUAAAUCCAUGUCUUCGUGUCCAUUCCUAUCUCCGCCUCCACAUCUCAUUAUUAAAACGGUCCAAAGUUAACAGCCUGUGAAGAAUGCAAUCAUAAAACAGGUUGUAAAGCAAUAAAACAUUAGAUAAUACCGUAAAAAGAAUUUGCGAGGGACCAAAGAAUUUCUCUUCAUGUUGUGCCUUAUGCUUUUUCCACACAAAAGCUCUCAGUUUACCACACAAGUAACACUGUCUCUAAGCCUAAUGUCAUAACAACAUGCCUUCCUGCCUACACACACACGUGUGCACACACAAACACACACUUGUAAGAUGGAGAUUCUCGGAUCUGCCUCUGACAUGAGCCCCAGAUUUUUGCUGCUCUUUUAGCGGUGGCUGAAAAAAAGAGUUCCACAUCUAGAAAAUGAAGGAAUGCGCAGAAGUGUGGUCGUGUUUAUGACAGAUCCGUGUUUCAUGUCUGCUCUGUAGAGUUUGUCUUCCCUUUGUAUUGCAGCAGAUGCAAACUGAGUUGCCCUCAGUAUGUACUGGUUCACCAAGGUGCUGUUAUUUGCAACCAAAAAUAAAAUGUGUUUACUUAAUGCUGGCAA